AUGUUGACGCCGAUUCUGUUGGCAGCCCUGCUGAGUGUCACUACGGCACAAACAGCUGUUAACCAGUUCCCGGAAGGUUUCCUUUUGGGGACCGCCACGGCGUCCUACCAGAUCGAAGGAGCGUGGAAUGAGGAUGGCAAGGGCGAGAACAUCUGGGACCACAUGCUGCACGAACACCCGGAGUACGGCACGAAUGGCGACAACGGCGACGUGGCCUGCGACUCGUACCACAAAUACCAGGAGGACGUGCAGAUGCUGAAGGCGCUCAACGCGGAUGUGUACCGGUUCUCCAUCUCGUGGGCCCGCAUCCUGCCAACCGGGGACCUCGACGUCAUCAACCAGCCGGGAAUCGACUACUACAACAACCUCAUCAACGAGCUGCUCGCGAACGGAAUUCAGCCCGUGGUGACGAUGUACCACUGGGACCUGCCACAGGCGCUGCAGUACAUCGGCGGAUGGCCGAAUCCACUGCUCGCCGACUACUUCGUGGAGUAUGCCAGAGUGCUGUUCGAAAACUUUGGAGACAGAGUGAAGUGGUGGAUCACCUUCAACGAGCCGUCCGUCUUCGUGAUGGGCUACGCGUCCUCCGGCGGCCAGGCGCCGUCGCAGAACGCCUCCGGCAUCGGCGACUACCUGGCCACGCACACCCUGCUCAGGGCACACGGACUCGUCUACCGCCUCUACGACGAACAGUACAGGGCCACGCAGAACGGUAGCGUAGGAAUCACGUUGAACAUUGGAGGAAGCGAACCAGCUUCAAACUCAACGGAAGAUUUGGAAGCCGCUGAGAGGAAUCUUCAGUUCAGUGGAGGACUCUACGCGCACCCCAUCUACAGCCAGGAUGGGGAUUACCCGGCAGUAGUGCGCCAGAGGGUGGACGCCAACAGUGCUGCAGAGGGGCGGCCCCGUUCACGGCUGCCAACUUUUACAGAGGAAGAGAUUGCGUACCUCAGAGGGGCGGCUGACUUUUUCGGGCUGAAUCACUAUUCGACGAGCAUUGUGACGUCAGGCGAGGCCGGCACAUCUCCAUCCAAGUCCAGAGACUCUGGCGUCGUCAGCGUCGGUAGUGGGCAAUAUCCUUGGGGAUUCCGAAACUUGCUGAACUGGAUCGCUAACGAAUACCCGGGCUACCCUAUAAUGGUAACAGAGAAUGGCCUCGGAAAUUCUGGUGGACUGAACGACACAGACAGGGUCGAUUACUUAACAUCUUAUCUGACGGCGCUUCUGCAAGCUGUGAACACGGAUGGAGUUCCGGUGAUCGGCUACACCGCCUGGAGCCUCAUGGACAACCUGGAAUGGAACAGAGGAUUCGAUGUCAAAUUUGGUCUGUACGAGGUGGACUUCGACAGCCCGAACAGGACCAGGACUCCGAAGGCCUCCGCCGGCGUCAUAUCGCAGAUCUACGAGACCAGAGAGGUGCCUCAGCAGUACUUCUGGUGAAGCCAUCUGGACACAUCACUGCAGCUUGUCUUGGGAAUGUGCUGUUAAAAUAAAGAUCC